AUGGCCGAAUUCCGGCGCCAGUACGUCACCAUUGGGUUGCGUCAAAAAGUAGAGGCCCUCCUCAGGCAUUGCACCCUCUGCAAGCAGUUUAAUGGCCGCCCGUAUCUAUAUCCUGGUCUCAAUCAUCUUCCCAGUGAUAGGGUCACUGUAGUGAGACCCUUUGAGGUCAUCGGCAUUGAUAAUUUCUUUCUCCAAGUAGCUAAAAAGAGCCGAGUAGUUCUUCUCCUGACCUGCGCCGUCACGCGACUCAUUCAUUUAGAACUCUGUGAUGACCUCAGUACCGUAGAAUUCAUUCGCGCGCUUAAACGCUUCUGCGCUCGCCGUGGCUCGCCCCGCAAGGUCUGGGCCGACAAUGGCUCGAAUUUUCGUUUGGGCGCCAAAUUCUUGGACUCUCAGAAGCAGUCCGACUUCAUCGAUGAAGUAGGCUCCUUUUUUGACUACAAAGGCAUUGAGUUCUCCUUCAUUACCCCCCUUUCCCCUUGGAAAGGCGGCUUCUGGGAACGGCUCAAUGGCACUGUGAAGCGUAUCUUCUACAAAAAUACCGUUCGUGCCAAAGAGUUCCAAAAAAUGGAUCUGUCGGCCUUCGCCACGUUCCUAGUAGAAAUCGAAGGUGUUGUUAAUUCACGUCCUCUUUCCGGACAACGCGACUUCGAUCAAAUUCUGAGACCGAUCGACUUUAUCUCUCCUCGAGCAACGAUCCCUUUACCUCUUUCCCAACGGGAAGACACUUGGAUUCCUUCGUUGUCCUCGGCUGAUCAAGUAGCUUCCACCUUCAGUAGUUACCAGAAAUUUUUCCGGGACUGCUGGAAGACUUUUCAGACAGAUUAUCUGCUGACUCUCAGAGACUAUCACAAGCAGCAACUUUUCAACACCCAAGGUCGCCUGACGCCCGCCGUCGGCGACGUGGUGUACGUAGUAGAAGAGGGCAAGCCGCGCAGAGAUUGGUCUUUAGGCAUAGUAGAAAAAUUGCUUCCCAGCGCGGAUCUCGAGAUUCGUUCAGUAGUUAUUCGCACUCCACGUCAACACCUCGUUGAACGGCCAGUGCAUUUUCUUAUCCCCUUAGAAGUCUCGAGUUCUCUCCCAGAAGCUGCCGCUGUGCUGCCUCUUGAGGCCCCAGUAGUCUCUGGCAACGCUGAGGGGCCCACCCGCGUGCAACCCGCUCGGCGUGCCAAAGAAAAUAUCUGCUACGCUGAAAAUGUAGUGCAAUUUCGCAAUUCUAGGUCUUGGAAGUAUCAUAAGUUGACCUUUUUGACCUCUCUUUGGCUCCUCGCUUCCCUGGUCUCCGCGCAUAAUCAUCUGGCAUGCGUCGAUGGAGGCGUGCGGUUAAAUUCCCUCAGUAGUGAUGAUUAUGAGAUUUGCGCCAACAAUCAUUGUCGCCUUGUCCAUCACCCAGCUCGGGAUCAAGUAGAACUUUUCGACCAUCAGAUCGUGCGCCAUCCGUAUCUCAUUACUUGGGAAGACCCGUCUUCUCGACCAAGAACCUCAGGUUUUCGAGAUCACUUGUCCCCCCAGUCGCUUCUGCAAUACAGUAGUAUGCUAUUUUUGCCUGGAACGGUUGCUCAAUUUCGAUUGCAAUCCCAUCCUCUCUACUCUGGUCGUAGUCUUCUCCGCCUUCUUGGGCUGCGUCCUUCUGUAUUGGCUCGCCCGGCUCCUCCAGCUCAUUCUCAGGUGGCGUUACUGGAUCCUGCGAGUAUGCGGGUUCGCUCGCCG